UAGAGCCGGAUGGGAGCUUCCGCUUCGGCUGUGAGCGAGCUGUCACCGCAGGAGGAUGAACAACCAGAGAUGUAGCACUUUAUUCCUGAAACUGAAAGGACGGAGGGGGAUCAUACACUGUAUCUAUGUGGUGGGCUUCAUGGACUUGUUCGGGGUGAGCAUGAUCAUCCCGCUCUUGAGCCACCAUGUAAAGGCUCUUGGAGCGAGUCCCACAGUGGCUGGAAUCGUGGGAUCUACGUAUGGAAUAUUGCAGCUUUUCUCCAGCACAAUAGUAGGCAGCUGGAGCGACGUGGUGGGGCGGCAAUACUCCCUGCUGACUUCCAUCCUGCUGAGCGCCUGCGGCUAUGGCCUGCUGGGGAUUUCUACAAGCAUCACUUUAUUUGUCCUCGCACGAAUACCUGUGGGACUGUUCAAACACUCCUUGUCCAUCUGCAGAGCUUUGCUGUCAGACCUGGUGUCUGAAUCAGAGCGCCCUCUUGUGAUGGGACACUUUAACGCAGCUUCCAGCGUCGGCUUCAUCCUGGGUCCUGUAGUAGGCGGCUACCUCACUGAGCACGAAGGAGGCUUUUACACCUCCUCAUUCACAUGUGCAGCCAUCUUUCUUAUCAAUGCUGGGCUGGUGUGGUUGCUGCCAUGGAGCGAGACGAUAACCGAUCGAAACGCAACUAACGGCAGCAACAGCGCCAGUAAAAGAUGCCACAAUGAAUACUGCGGCAAGUCUGUGCAAAACGGCUCUCACGCAAACAACCACCACUCGGCGUUACCGACGGAGACCGAAGCGGAGCGCAGAGCUGCUGGGAAGCCUGGCCUCAGGUGGAGGGAGGUGUCACUGCUCCAGCCUGCGUGGAGACAGCUCACCUCCGUCAGCUCCAGGAUUCACAUGGUGGCCUCUUCUGACAUGUGGGACCUCUUUCUGGUGCGUCUCUUGAUGGCCGUAGCCAUCAUGCUCUACUACAGUAACUUCUCUCUGGCCAUGGAGGAGCGUUUCUCGAUGAAACCGAAGAUGACGGGUUAUCUGAUCAGCUACAGCAGCACCUUAGGGGCCCUGGCCGGGUUCCUGGUGGGGCCGGUCACACAGCUCUACAGAAACAACAUGCCCGCUCUGCUGCUUCACUCCACCAUGCUCACCUGUCUGCUCAUUUUCCUCUACGCCGCCGCUCCCAGUGUGUGGCAGGUGCUGCUCACCUCCACCUUCUUCGCCAUUUCUACCUCUAUCGGACGGACGUGCAUCACAGACCUGGAGCUUCAAAGGGGAGGCGUCCACACCAGCGGGACUCUGAUCGGGGCCGGCCAGUCGGUGACGGCCGUGGGUCGCGUCCUGGCCCCGCUCCUCUCCGGUCUGGCCCAGGAGAUCAGCCCCUGCGGACCGCCCAGUCUGGGGGUUGUGCUCGCUCUGGCAGCUGUGGGUUUGCUCCUCGUCAGAAUCCCAAAGUGGGACAGGAGGGCGCUGGCAAAAACAGUAAAAUUUUAAAACAGUUUCUGCAGCUGAAUGAUGAUCUUUUAUUGAGUCAAUGCAGAUCUACCACUUUUGGAAGUGCUCUUAUUUGCAGCAAGCAGCUGUGGUGAACAGCAGACCCUCGGCGUGAACAGAGUUUCUCCGCCAAACGAAUCUGCUGAUGUCAUGACUCGACACAAGGACCGCAGGCCUUUCUCUCAGGGACCGUGGACGUUUGCAGCUUGGAGGAAACGGCUGCAGAGUUUCUUGUGCUUCCAUAAAUGCUGAAGUCAGAUCUCACAGAAGCAUGCAGUGAGGGCCUUAACUUUGGCUCGGUGUCCUUGUUACUGCAAUAAUCUACUCUGUGUUGUUAAUUUAGUUCUGUCGGCACUACUUACAGGUAUACUGAUUUAUGAAGACACAAGACCACUGAAAUUGUCAUUAUUGGAGAUCCACUGGUUAUAACUUUGUGACCAAUACUCGUUCUGCAACUGUUGGAAAGGUUCGCAAGGGUUUUAUCCGACUCUAAUUUCUCUUUCCAAACCAUUUGUGUGCAUUUCAAAUGUUUCUGCUGUAAGCAGUCAUUAAAUAUUUAUAUUAGAAAUGUUCAGAUGUAAAAAAAUAAAAGGGGGUUUUACUAUCUUAGAAGAAACACUAAUUGAUGUUGCUGUUUACAUUUUAAUUCUGUUCAAACUUCCCAUUAUCUACUUUACUCCAUUACAUCCUGAUUUUUUUACUGUUAUAUUUCCAUUAUACACAUUUUUGUGUGUGUGGGGGGGGGAAGGUUCUGACAAGCAGAUGCUAAAAUAAAUAAAAAUGUUUUAUUUAAAUAUAGGCCGUGUAGUUAAUAUUAAAUUUAGACAUAUUUCUAAUUAUUAACAUGAACUAUAAUUGUGAAUAAUGGUAGGUAAGCUAUUUGAAGAACUUAAAUUAUUUUAUUAAUGCUGCUAUUGCUAAACAGAGCUUUGAAAAAUUGAAUUAAAGCAUGAGUUUUAUUGCGGCUUUUUAUAUACAUGUAGUCCUGCACACUGUUACCACUAGAUGGCAGGAAGGUUCUUCCAAAAUGAACCAAGGAUAGAUUUUGCAUCCACACAGGUAAGUCCUUUGCAUUAGGACCAGAAGCAGUUCAAGGCAAAGUCUCAACACUGAAAAGGGUUAGGUCUUGCUCUCUCUCACCGACUCGAAGCCUGAUCGAACUGCAGACAUGUUUGGAAAUGUAAUUACCAAUGUAAUUUCUUGACGCAUCUCCACUAUUAAUUAUUUAAGAGAAAGACAUAUUGUAACUGAGGAAAUGUUGAGAAAAGGUCAUAAAGUAUCAGAAUGUAAAGAUAAUCUACCAAAGAAGAGAUUAUGGCUUCAUCUAUACAACACAUGCUGUUCUAGACACAUCAGUUGUAUUUCCUCCUUUUCAUUUAGCCUUAUGAAAUAGCUUUCAUGUAGCAAAAUUGCACUAUGCCUGUGUGUCAUUAAUUGAUUUCUUUUAACUUUGUUUUUUUUUUUUUCAGCUUCAUUUGCCGUUUUUGAUUUGUCCUAAACAGUUUGAGAUUUACAGUACCUACAGUCCCCGGUGAGAAAUUUCACCUUAGAUAAGUCAUUGUGGUAAAUUUGUGAUUGUAAUUUUUACCAUUUAAAAAUAUGUUCUAUAUUAUUUUGGGCAUAUUGACCCGUCCAAAUUGUAGAAGUAGUAAUGUAAAAAACUUUUCUUUUCUAAUGCAGUGUAAAUGAUGUAAAGUAAAUUCAACUUCUAACCUUAAUGGCACCUGUAAAUGAAGUUAAUGUAUUUUUGUUUGCACUACAUAUUAAAUAAACAAGUACAGCCCUAAAUAAUAGUAAA